AUGGGAGCGACGCAUCAAGUCAAUAAGCCUCAUAAAUCACGUUUCUCUUCAAAAUCUUCUCGCAACAUUCACAAAACCUCCGUCAAAGAUAGACUUGCGAUCGUUAAAUCGUCGCGCAAUGUCGGCAAAGGUGCUCGUGCGACUCGGCUUCAGAGAAAUAAAAUGAUUCGUGAGCAAAAGAAAGCUGCGGUGUUGAAAGAAAAAAGAGAAUUGAGUGGAUCGAAAUGUCCUCCUCGCGUAAUUGUUCUUUUUGCCCUUCGAGAUACUGUGGAUUUAGAACCAGUUGCAAACGAUCUUUUGUCAUUGUUAUCCAAUGAUUCUUCUGCGGUGCUGUCAGAGACAGUUGCUUCUUCUGAAUAUCGGACCAGAGUAACGGUACUGAAAGCACCUCAUGGUGAUUUACAGUCCUGUCUGGAAAUGGCUAAGGUUGCUGAUCUACUGGUUUUUGUCGCCUCUGUAACUGCAAGGUCUUUGUGUGAAGAAACUGAUUCUUACUUUAUUGAUUCAUUUGGAAAGCAUUGCCUUUCUAUAUUUAAAUCACUUGGUUUACCAAGCACUGCAGUCUUUGUUCGGGAUUUGCCAACCGAGCUAAAACAAAGAAAUGAACUAAAGAAGGUUUGUACAUCUAGUCUUGCCUCUGAAUUUCCCGAGGAUUGUAAAUUUUAUCCAGCUGAUACAAAGGAUGAUCUUCACAAGUUCCUGUCACUCUUUAAAGAGCAGAGGCUUAAAACUCCUCAUUGGAGGACUCAACGACCUUACCUCACAACUAACAAGGUCGACACGGUAUAUGAUGUCAAUUCUGACAAAUGCACCCUUGUUCUCAGUGGUUACCUUCGUGCUCGUAACCUCUCUGUGAAUCAACUGGUUCAUGUAUCAGGUGCAGGAGAUUUCCAACUGUGCAAAAUUGAGGUUCUUAAGGAUCCAUUUGCUUUGAAUUCAAAGAAAAAACAAGACUUGAUGGAUUCUGAUGAAAUGCAUGACGGGGAGAUCAUUCGUUCUCUAGUUCCAGAUCCUGAAAUUCAAGAAUCUUUAGUUGUCGAGAAUACUCCCGAUCUUAUUGCUGGAGAGCAGACAUGGCCAACGGAGGCUGAAAUGGCACAGGCUGAUGAAGAUCGAAAGCAAAAGAAGUUAAGAAAGAGGAAGCUUCCUGCUGGCACUUCAGAAUACCAGGCUGCAUGGAUUGUUGAUGACUCUGAUGAAGAGCAGUCGGACUGUGACAAUGAAGAUGAGGAUGGUAUGAUGUUGGAUGAAGUAAAUGGGUUUCCAGGUCUAGAGGGGAAUAAGUACGUAGAUGCCGAUGGUGAUGGAGCUUCACUAAGACUUGGAGAUUCUGAUGACGAAACUGACAAUGAUUCUGUGAUGAUGGAAGUUGACAACAUGACUACAGAGAAGAUACAAGAUGAACUUAAGGAACUUAAAGAAGCACAUGCUGCAGAUGAGGAGUAUCCUGAUGAAGUUGAUACACCAUUGGAUGUUCCGGCUAGAAAGCGGUUUGCAAAAUAUAGGGGACUCAAGUCCUUCAGGACUUCUUCAUGGGAUCCCAAAGAGUCUCUACCCCAAGAUUAUGCCAAAAUUUUUGAGUUUGAUAAUUUUAAAAGAACACAAAAGCAUGUUCAUGCUAAAGCUUUAGAAUUGGAAGAUGAAAACAGAGAGGACAAUAUUCUAGUUGGCUCAUAUGCUAGGCUGCAUAUCAAAGAAGUGCCCUGUAUUGUGGUCUCAAAGCUACGUUCGCUUGCACAGACAACCCCAGUUACAACAUGUGGCCUGUUGAAACACGAGUCAAAAGUAUCUGUCCUUCAUUUCAGUGUGAAGAAGCACGAAACAUAUGAUGCACCCAUCAAAUCCAAGGAAGAGUUAAUAUUUCAUGUUGGGUUUCGGCAAUUUGUUGCCCGACCAACUUUCUCUAUCCUAAAGGCAGUUGGAGAUGGUGCUGCACCAGUAGUGGCUGCUGUUGGCUCACUGAAAACUGUUGAUCCAGAUAGGAUAAUCCUUAAGCGUCUUAUUUUGACAGGCUACCCCCAAAGAGUAUCAAAACGUAAAGCUUCCGUAAGACAUAUGUUCUAUAAUCCAGAGGAUGUUAAAUGGUUCAAGCCUGUAGAGAUAUAUACCAAACGUGGUCUUCGUGGCCGAAUUAAAGAACCAGUUGGUACACACGGAGCAAUGAAAUGUCUUCUCAAUGGAGUGCUUGCACAGAGUGAUACUGUAUGUUUGAAUUUAUUCAAACGUUCAUACCCAAAGUGGCCAACCCGUCAUUUUCCUUUACUAGAUUAG